CAGAGACUGCAAGUCUGGAAGAGUAGCUUCAAAGAUGGGGAGAAGUUAUGCUGAUGGCAGAUGAAGUCCUCCAAUGGGGAAGAGCCUGGUUUCCACCUGCCAUCAUGGGUGUGGUUUCUUUGGUGUUUCUGACUAUCUACUAUCUAGAUUCAUCCAUUCUGUCAGGUGUUUCCUGUUUUGUUAUGUUUUUGUGCUUGGCUGACUACCUUGUUCCCAUUCUAGCACCUAGAAUUUUUGGCUCCAGUAAAUGGACCACUAAGCAACAGCAGAGAGUCCUUGAAAUUUGCAGCAAUCUAGUAAAAACUCGAUGCAGAGCUGUGGGCUGGUACAAACACCUCUUUACGCUAAAGAAAGAAGAGUCUAAAAUGUACUUCAUGACCAUGAUCAUUUCUCUUGCUGUGGUUGCUCAGGUGGAACAGCAAGUCCACAACCUCCUUCUCUCCUACCUGAUAGUGACUUUCUUAUUCUUGCUUCCUGGACUAAACCAACAUGGAAUCAUUUCAAAGUACAUUGGAAUGGCCAAAAGAGAGAUAAACAAGCUUCUCAAACAAAAAGAAAAGAAAAAUGAAUAAUGCAUCUGCUUUAUUCAGUGUGAUUAAUGGUGUAUACAUUGUCCUUGGGGACAGUGUCUGUUAUGCUGUCUGGAUACAAAAAUGUUACAGAUGUAGCUCUUUGCUGUCCCUCAUUCUGC